UUACUCUGGAGUUUCACUUCCCGUCGAAGGCUAUACAGUCAAGAUGGAGGGCAAUAAGGAUGAGAGUGAACGGUGUAUUUCGAUAGCCGAAAAACAUAUAGCUGAUGGCGAAAAGGAAAAAGCGUUAAAAUUUUUAAACAAAGCAGAGAAACUAUAUCCAUCUGUGAAAGCUAGAGACCUUAUGGAGAAGCUGAGCAAAUUAAAUGGUAGCACUGCUGGUCGCAGACAAAGUGGUGAUGGUGCAGACAACAAUGUACACAAAGAUAAAGCUACCAGGAAUAACAAUCGCUCAGAGAAAGGUGGCUCAGGCCACUCUGGAAAGUCACCUGAUGAUUACACAGAGGAUCAGUUGAUAGCUGUUAAAAGAAUUAAAAAAUGUAAAGAUUAUUAUGAAAUCCUUGGUGUCUCAAAGGAUGCAACAGAUGUUGAUUUGAAAAAAGCAUACAGAAAAUUAGCAUUAAAAAUGCAUCCUGAUAAAAAUAAGGCUCCAGGGGCUACUGAAGCCUUUAAAGCUAUUGGAAAUGCAUUUUCUGUAUUAAGUGAUGCCGAAAAAAGGAAAAAGUAUGAUCUCUAUGGAGAGGAUAUUGUCCAUCACUCUCGGAAUUGUAGUAGGGACGAGCAAUUUGACUAUUCUCGGGGCUUCGAAGGUGAUAUAUCUGCAGAAGAAUUGUUCAAUAUGUUUUUUGGUGGCGGGUUUCCCACUGGUAAUGUUUAUGUUCACCGGAGAACCCAACAUAAUGGACAGUAUCAGAGGGCUGCUCAGUCAGAAAAAUUCCGUACAAGGCAACGCCAGUUUUUCGUUUACAAAUCUAACUUGUCCUCCUCUGCCACUCGAAGUGAAAAGAACAAGCAAGUUCCCUCUAACAAUGCUGCUGCUGGUAUUGGUAGGGCCUUCGUAUUACGUACACGGGCGAGUGGCUACAAUCUUCUUGUACAAUUGGCUCCUGUGUUGAUAUUAAUAUUCUUAUCCUUAAUGGGAAGUUUCCUUGUACCAGAUGCACCAUUCAGUUUACAUCGAUCACAGAAAUAUUCAAAUGAAAAGAAAACAAAUCAACUUAAAGUACAAUAUUUUGUGAAAGACGAUUUCCAUAUCGAUUCCAAUUAUGAUUUACGGAGAAUAGAGAGACAAGUAGAGGAUGAAUAUGUUUCAAAUCUACGUACCAGUUGUUUCAAAGAAAGAAGUUACAAAGAAACUUUGAUUUGGCGAGCAAAGAAUUAUGGUGAUUCAAAAUUAUAUAAGAAAGCUAUGAAUAUGGAAGUUCCUUCAUGUAAUCAUCUAAACAAUUUGUAUGGAGGCUGAAACUCCUGCAGUGUGCCUAUUUGGCCUAACCCACUAACUUUUUUUAAUCUGGCCAGUGUGAAGGAUAGUUAUAUAACUUUUGUUAAUGUUGUACAAAACUGGAACCUCUGGCAACAAACAUCCCACAUUAAUUAUGUAUAGACAUACGCUAUUAUUUAAAAAAAAAAAUAAAUAAAAAAAUAAACAAAAACAAACCUAAAAGAAAUUUAAAAAAAAAAAACACUCAUGUCAAAUCCGUUUUGACAUAAAAUCACUUUUUGCAACUAAUGUCCACUGUAAAUGAAGGAAGGCUGUAUUUCUGAAUUUGCUCUUUAUGAAGUCUGCUCAUGGCUCUGGGAAAUGUACUUUGAUUGUUAGUAUUAAGCUAAGACCAUUUCAUCAGAGAAGACAAGCAAGUAAGGCAUGUUAAUGUCCAGCAUUGGCUGGGCUCCCUCUCUCACUUUCCUGCUUUCUCUUUCUCUCUCUCUCUCUCUAUUUAUUUCAUUUGCUCCCUUAUUUCAUUCUAUCGAUAACCAAAGAUGAUUUAAGAAUCAGGACAUAAUAGAUUACAUAUUCCAUCUUUUUUUUUUCUUUUCACAUUUUUUUUUUGUUAAUCUUUUAAUGUUCUUGAAAUUGUAUAAAUUAAAGGAAAAGGUAAAAAUGGAAAUUAUUUACUUUUACUUCAACUAACAUAUAUAUAUAUAUAUAUAUAUAUAUAUAUAUAUAUAUAUAUAUAUCUUUCUCCCUUUUUCUUCUGUUUUUUUUAUGGGGGGAGUGUUUAAAUAAUAUUAAAGAAUGCCAAAUUUAUAUUCUCUAUACUGUUAAUCUCAUUUCAUUUAGGUGAAAGUCCUCAAGUCCAUGUUUUACAGCUCUUCAAGUGAUUUCUAUAACAUUUGAUUGUUUACUAUUAUCACAUUUUGUUGGAAGUCUUAAUGUAGACUAAAUUAUAUUUUCUUUUCCAAAAUAAAUUGUCAUUGUUUCCUAACAUUUAUGUUUAUGAAUCAAUUUAAAAUUUUUUCAAUCAAAAUUAUUAUUACUACUACAGUGAGUACUACUUCUACUACUACUACUACUACUAUUACAAAUUUUAUGUCAUAAAUUUUAAAUGUGUAUAUACUUCUCUAAAAUUUCACUUGAGUAUAUGUAUUUUAGAGAAAGGAAUUUAUUGAAAUCUUUUUCAGAAUUUAAUUUUAGGACUUUUUUUUUUUAAUUGCUAUACAGUUGGGGUUUUGUUUUUAAUCGUUUUGUUUGUUUAUAUAAAUAUACUCUAACAAUGCAUUUGAUCUAAGAUGAAUUUUAAAAAUUUGCUUGGCUCUUUUAUGCAAAAUGUGUGGUUUACCUUUUUUGUUUUGAUUAGUUGAGAUUAUUAAUCAAGGGAAGCCAUGUGUAAAUUUUGUUUUCUUUUGCCAAGAUAGUCAGUUUUGAAGUGUUCCUGACAUCAAUCUGAGUUUUUAUACCAAGCCAAGCAAUUUUUCGGUAGACAGCCUUCUGAUGCUGCACAAAGAUCAAGUCUUUGUUGGUGAUAUUUUUGCACUUGCUGUCACUGUGUACUGUCUACUAUGUAGACCUACACCAGCAGUUUUUUUUUUUUUUUUUUUGAGUUUUAAAAAAAAAUUUUUUAUUUUUUGUGUGAAUGAUUGGCUUUCUUGCUGACAAUUACUUCAUACCAUGAAGUUAGGUUUUCGCCCACCUAUCAAUUACUCCUCUCUUCAACAAACAGCUUGGGGAAAAAAAUGAUCUACACAACACAUAAGGUUGUGAUCCAGGAAUAUUUCUAUAAUUCUUUUAACAAUACUCCCCUGUCUUGUUUUAAUUUAUUAAAUUUAAUUUAUUUAUGUACAUACACUUCAUAGAAUUUUUUUUUAAUUUUAAAUGAUUAAUAAAUGCUGGAAAGAUUCAUUUUUCUGUUUUCUUUCCCCUGAUCCACCCCAAUGUUCUACAUCAAAUAAGAAUUAGUAAAAAAUAAUAAUAAAAAAAUAGCAAUUUUUCUUUUAUAAGAAUAUAGCAUUAAAAUAGGACUAAUCUGCAUGGAGCAUUGUUCUAUAUUUCUAUCAAUAUUGGAAUAUUGUAAUAAAACCAAAUAAUAAUUGAAGUAUAAGCAGAACAUUAUUUUAAUUUAAAUUUGUAUAUAAUUAAAGUGGAGUUUGGUCAUUUUAGUUUCUUUCUAUCCAUCCUUUUAUUCUGUUAUUUUUCUUUCUCCAGAAAAUAUGUAUAACUGUCUCAAUGUUUAAAAUAAUCAAAAUAAUAGCAUUAAUUAACUUUUAGCUAGCUAUAGGAAACAGAAAUUUUCUUUUUGUCAUAAUCUGUGAUAAUAUCUAAUUCAUUUAUUGAUUUAGAGUAUUACUUUUUAUUUCCCAUAAUAAUAAUAAAAGUACCCUAUUGUUUCUAUGCACAUUAAUCAAAAAUCUCUUUAUGAAGUUAGUUGAUGAAUUAAAUAUGUUUCUUUAAAUCACAAGUUUUGAUUAAGUAUCCGAAGCAGAAACAACUGCAGUAAAUCUAGUGACUGCCAGCCUUAAGAAACUGGCAAAUAAAUUGCCCUAGAAGAUAACUUGACAAGAAAUAAGGUUUUGCAUACCUCUCUAUCAGUAAGUUGUUAAAAAAAUUUUUUUAAAUGCAUGAAACAGAAGCCUUUAUUACAUAACUUAUAUACAUAUAUAUAUAUGUAGCCCAGGUAUUUUUUUUAACUUAGUUUUUGAUUGAUACCUUUCUAUAUAUAUAUAUAUAAUGUCCAUUUUUCCGUGCUGGCAUGGGAUGGAUGAAUGCAUAUUAUUGAGGCAUUGUUUUAUAGCCAGAUGCCCUUCCUGUCAGUAACCCUUAUUUGCUUAUCAAAUAAGAGGAAAUUUUUAUUCUACAAAAGUGCAGAGCUUGAGGAUGGUUUAUUGACAGGGAAUGUAAAUUCAUUGUGCGUGUGUGUGUGGUCCCCUUUCAAACACUUUAAUUCAUCUUUUCACUCUCAUCUGUUGGCAUAAAGUUGCCCUCUUGAGGUUUGUAAUCUUACAAAUUGUAUGAUGGCCUCACUAGUGCUGGAAGCACAAAAAAAGCACUCCAUGCAUGCUAUAAAGUUGUUGGCAUUAGGAAGGGUGUCCAACUAUAGAAACCAUGCCAAGGCAGACACUGGAGCACAAUGCAGUCCUUGUGCUCAUCGGAUCCUGUUAAACCGUCCAACCCAUGCCAGCAUGGAACAUGGACGUUAAAUGAUGAUGAAAUACAUAUAUACACCACACUCAUGCACACACAUUCAUGUGUCAUUGCAUUAUCUUAUUCAGAAAUUCUUAUAUCUAGCAUUAUGAAUUUUCAGGCAAUCUAUGAUUUUGUUAACUGUUUCAUUAACAGCAAUAAUUAGCCAAUCUACAUACACUGUUUUUCAUGGUAGUACUAUGUACACCUAUUGCUAUAUAUAUAUAUUUAUAUAUACAGAUUUAAAGGUACUAACGUAUAUGUUCUGCACAUUCCUUUUCCUCCCUAACUCAUGUGGCUGCAAGAUAUCUGUGAUUCUUAAGUAAACUAGAACCACUUUUAAGCAUAGUUUUAUAGCAGUACAAUUGUUACUGCACAUUGUAGAUGGUAUUGGUAUCUUUGUUAACUCUGACCAGGUGAGUUGAUGGUAUCAUUUUUAGAUUAUGUUUUCUAGCCAUUGUUUCCAUGCUAGCAUGAAUAAGAUGAUUUAUUUAUUUAUUUUUUUUUUUUUUUAUUAGAGCAGCUGUUUUAACUAAGCACUCCACUAUGAAGUAGGAGAGGAACUAGUUGUCAGCCAGGCAGUCUGAGGCAAGCAGUGUCAUAUGCUUUGCCCAGGGGUGUAACUCAUUGACUGUAGUAUGGUUUGAAUUCAUCACCAUAUAGUCAAUAGUCCAGUACUUUAACCCCUACAGUAAUUGUGCCUCUUGAUUGCCUAUUAAUUAACAGUAAUGUAUUGUAUGAAAAAAAAAAAAUAAUAAUUGUGCUUUGUUUUUUUCUGUAAAUUAUUUCAUAACCUCUAGUCCUGAAAUUGGAGAUAUGUUGGCAUGAAAUUUUAUGUUAACUUUGUUUUACAAAUAAAUAAAUAAUAAAAACAUUACACUCACCAAUAUGGAUACGGCUGGAAUAACAAAAAAAUAAAAAAAAUAAAAAUAUCAAUAGAGUUAGGAGGUCGCUGAUUUGACACAAUUGUUGACAUUCAGAAGAAUAUGACAGCAGAAGUGAAUUCCCUCACAUCAGAUAAGUUUUUUCCCCCACUCUCUGGUCUCUUUCGAAAGUUUAUAUGAACCUUGUAACAAGAGCAGUUGACCAAUUAAAGACUUUUCUGAGAAUAAUAGUUAAUAAAUAUGUUGAUUU